UUCAGUGAGAGAAGAAAAUCAAAACGGGGAUAAAACUCGUUCGUUUAGAGCGUAUCUCCUACCAGGGCUACCAGAAAGCCACCCACUCUAUACAUCUAUUGCCAACGGGUGUCUCUCCUUGAACUCACAGUGUACGGUCGUCGAUGGGAUUCGAUUCACCUGUUCAUGUCGGUCUCUUGCACUCACGUCACUUGAUUAGAAGGAUUUUUUUCAGAUGAGUCUGUCGCAGUUGUUCACAGUUGUUUUGCAAAAUACCAGGCAGUCUCUGCUGUCGUGCACUAUUGACAACUUGACUAAACAGAGUGUCAGACACGCUUCAAAGAAGAGUAGCACCAGCACAAGAAACAAGGGCGGUCAUCCCAGACCAAAGCACAGAGGAUGGAAAUUUCAAGACGGAACUACCGUAACCGAAGGAUCAAUGUUGGUCUUGCAGCGAAAAACUAGAUUUCAUCCGGGUCUUAAUGUUGGUUUUGGAAAAAAUGGGACUUUAUUUGCCAUGGAAUCUGGCAAAGUAAUGGUAACUUGUGAGAAAGUUAAUCUCGACUGGAACCAUUCUUGGGUAAAAGGAAAUUACAGCGGUCGUGAGGGCACUGUUAUAUAUAAGAAACAUUUUAAUGUUAUUCCUGAACCACAACAUACUCGUUUUACGUUGAUUGACAAAGUAUAAAGAUGUAUUAAAAAAAUUUAUAUAUAUAAGAAAUGUAGAGUAUUCUGUUUCUUGGAAUUAUAACAUAAAACCAAAAAAAAAAAAAAAAAAAAAAAA